AUGAAGAUCUUCACUUUGCUAGCAUUCUCGACUUGCGUCGCCCGGUCUCACGCAGGCCGGCUGCAGGCGGUAUUCGCAGUCACUGGCAAUGCUUCGGCUUCAGCGCCAGAAGUGCAUGCCGUCACUUCCACAGCGUCCACGGACGUGAUCAGCAAUGUCACUCGGACCGUGACCGACGUCCAGAACGGCGUCAACACGACGUCUGUCAUCACGAGCACGACGUCAUCCAACAACAUCACGACGGUACACAAUGUGACGACGAUCACGCCCGAGACAGGAUCCACGGUCUCCAAUGCUACCUCGCCUGGCGUCUUCAACAACAGCACAGGAUCGGGCGGCAAAUGGAUCGGCCACAAGUGCUUUCCUCAUCGUCUGCAGUCGCACACCUUGCCCGUCCCCAAGAAUGCCACCGCGACGGCGAGCUAUCUGUCAGCGUGGUGGUGCCCCCAAGUGAGCGAGCAUGCCUUCAUGGGCUUCUCGUACGACAUCACUGCCUGUCCGUCCCAGUCCCAGCUGCUUGCCGACUUUACGCGGAUGCGCAACUCGUUCGGCAGUCGAUACGUGCGUAUCUACAGCACAUGCGACACGACGCGCUACUAUGACAAGAUCGUCGAUGCUGCCGCUACUGCUGGCAUAGGCGUGUACGCCCUCGUCUGGUUCGGGUUCGACGGCGGGGAUCAGUGGAAGGCCCGCAUGGCCGAGCUUAUCGAUGUCGUCAAGACUAAUCCACGCGCUCCCUUUGUGAUCCGCUCGAUUGCUGUCGGCUCAGAACCUCUGUUCGACUGGGUUCUGACACCGGAUCAGUUGGCGGCACAGAUCGUGCAUGUCCGAAACUCGCUCAAGCGGUACAAGAUGCAAGUCACCUUGAGCGACAUGGCGUACGGCUACCAGAUCCACGACAACGCGCCACAAGUAUUUGCAGCCAUGGACACAAUCUCUGUCAACGCGCUGCCGUUCUUUGACGCAACGGCCACAACGGGCGGUCAGGCCUGGCCUUCGCUCUCCUGGACGAUCUCGUAUUUCCAGCAGCGAGGGCUGGGCAAGAUCAUCCGUCUCACACAGACCGGCUGGCCGUCGGACACCUCGAUCUGGAAAGCCAACAACGACUACGCCGAAGCUUCGGUGUCAUCCGAGGCUGCCUACGCUGCACUCCUCGAUUCCAAGUGUGCCUUCUUCCGUGCAAACUCGAUCGGCUACUUUUGGCAAAUCUGGAGCGAUGCAGAUCUGAGUGGCUGGGGCUUCAUCGGCUACGACAACGAGCCAAAGUGGACAUGGAAGCCCGUAACGGCAUGUUGA